UGCCUGCGCCCGGUCACGUGAGCGGGAAGGGGGAGGGUGCCGCGGGGGGGGGGGGGGGCUCGGCCCCCUGUCCCCGUCCUUGUCCCCAUCUUUGUCCGCGCAGAGCCGGAGCUGGGUGCCACCAUGGUGGUCACGUUGGGAUACUGGGACAUCCGCGGGCUGGCCCACGCCAUCCGCCUGCUGCUGGAGUACACGGAGACCCCCUACCAGGAGAGGCAGUACCGGCCCGGCCCAGCCCCUGACUUCGACCCGAGCGACUGGACCAACGAGAAGGAGAAACUGGGCCUCGACUUCCCCAACCUACCCUAUCUCAUCGAUGGCCCCACCAAGCUGACGCAGAGCAAUGCCAUCCUGCGCUACAUCGCCCGCAAGCACAACAUGUGUGGUGAGACGGAGGAGGAGAUCCUCCGCGUGGACAUGCUGGAGAACCAGAUCAUGGAUUUGCGUAUGAGCUUUUCCCAGUUGUGCUACAACCCCGACUUUGAGAAGCUGAAGCCGGCGUACCUGGAGCAGCUGCCGGGGAAGCUGCGGGAGCUGUCACGGUUCCUGGGCUCCCGGCCGUGGUUUGCGGGGGAGAAGCUCACCUUUGUGGACUUUGUGGCAUACGACAUGCUGGACCGGUACCGCAUGUUUGUCCCCCAGUGCCCCGAGCUGCAGGGCAACCUGGGCCAGUUCCUGCAGCGCUUCGAGGCGCUGGAGAAGAUCUCUGCCUACAUGCAGUCGGGGCGCUUCAUGAAGACCCCCGUUUUCUGGCGCACGGCGCAGUGGUGCAGCACCAAGGAGUGAGUGGGGGGGGGGGUCUUCCCCCCCUCCCCCCCCUCCCCCCCCGCCUUGCCCCCUCCCCCUCCCCCACAGAAAUAAAUUGGGGGGCUGCUCCCUUGUCCUGCUCCG